AUGAAGAUCUUCAUCGUCUUUGCCUUCCUUGGAGCAGCUGUUGCUCUCCCUUUUAAUAGUGAUGAUGAUGACAAGAUCAUUGGAGGCUACAAUUGUCCAAAGAAUUCCAUUCCUUACCAGGUGUCCUUGAAUGAUGGCUUUGGACAUCUGUGUGGUGGCUCCCUCAUCAGUGAACAAUGGGUACUGUCUGCAGCUCACUGUUAUGAACGCUCAACAGAAAUGCUAAAAAAAUCCUCAAUCUUUGAAUGCAGGAGUCUUCAAGUUCGCCUAGGAGAACACAAUAUUCAUGUCCUUGAGGGUGGGGAGCAAUUCAUUGAUGCAGAAAAGAUAAUUCGCCACCCUAAGUACAAUGAAGACACCGCAGACAAUGAUAUCAUGCUAAUUAAACUGAAGUCACCUGCCAUCCUCAACUCCCAAGUGUCUACAAUAUCUCUGCCCAGAUCCUGCCCAUCUACAGGGGCUCAGUGCCUUGUGUCUGGCUGGGGAAAUACUGUGAAACUUGGAAGCAAAUACCCAGCAAUUCUUCAGUGCCUGGAAGCCCCUGUCCUUUCUGCCAAUUCAUGCAACAAAUCCUACCCACGCAAGAUCACCAGCAACAUGUUCUGCCUGGGCUUCCUGGAGGGAGGAAAGGACUCCUGUGAUGGGGACUCUGGUGGUCCUGUCAUCUGCAAUGGAGAGAUCCAGGGCAUUGUCUCCUGGGGUACAGGCUGUGCGAUGAGAGGCAAGCCUGGUGUCUAUACCAAGGUCUGCAACUACCUGAGCUGGAUUCGAGAGACCAUGGCUGAAAACUGA